UUUACUUCCCUCGUUGCAACUAUGCGGUUCUCCUUGGCUCUGCUGUGCCUGUGUCUGGCUCUCGCGGCGGUGGCUCUGCCCGGGGCGGAGGCGAGACCCGAUCUCUUCGACGUCGUGGAGGAUGUCGGCGAAGUCACCGGUGACGUCGUGGAGGAUGUCGGCGAAGUCACCGGUGACGUCGUGGAGGAUGUCGGCAAAGUCACCGGUGACGUCGUGGAGGAUGUCCGCGAAGUCACCGGUGACGUCGUGGAGGAUGUCGGCGAAGUCACCGGUGACGUCGUGGAGGAUGUCGGCAAAGUCACCGGUGACGUCGUGGAGGAUGUCCGCAAAGGCACCGAUGACUUGGUGAAGGAUAUCGGCGAUGGCAUCAGUGGCUUGGUGAAGGAUGUCCGCAAAGGCGCCGGUAACUUGGUGAAGGAAGCCGGCGAAGGCGUCGGUGGCUUGGUGAAAGUUGUCGGCGAAGACACCAGUGCCCUGGUGAAAGUUGUCGGCGAAGACGCCGGUGACAUUGUGAAGGACGCCGGCGAAGAAAUCGGGGACGCCAUUUCAGGAUGAGUACCAAGUCUCGUGAGCGGCAACACCACUCCACGCCCACGCCCUCUGCCGCCACAGCCAGCGCUCAAUGACCUUCUCAAUCGUGAAAAUGUUAUUGUGGUCUUUGACUAACUAAUCUUAAUCCUAAUCCUAUUUUUUUUUUUCGGUCUUCUGUGACGUCAUCCUAUCCUCAUGCCCUCUGACGUCAUCAUAUCUUCUACGUCAUUAUAGUGUCUCUCUCUGACGUUAUAAAUUCCUUUGUGGCAUUAUUGGCCUCCUUAUAGUUUCU